AUGUUUCUACAGUUUUUUGUAAUUUUUCCAAUCAUUUAUGCAAGUGAUGACGAAUAUCGGUUAAUACAAGAUCUACGAAAAAAUUAUGAUCCAAUUGAACGUCCCGUAUAUAAUCAUAGCGAACCAGUUGUUGUAAAACUUAGAAUAUUAUUACAACAACUUGUUGACUUGGACGAGAAGAAUCAAGUAAUUACUUUGGUCUUAUGGAUGCAACAGACUUGGAGUGAUUAUAAAUUAAAGUGGGAUCCGGAAGAAUAUGGUGGGAUCAAAGAUAUACGAUUUCCAUCGUCAAGCAACAUAAUUUGGAAACCUGAUGUUUUACUUUUUAAUAGCGCUGAUGAAAAAUUUGAUGCGAGUUUUCCGGUGAAUAUAAUUGUUAAGCAUACCGGUGACAUACUAAUUGCUCCUCCUGGCAUUAUUAAAAGUUCAUGCGAAAUCGACAUCACUUGGUUCCCAUUUGAUGAGCAAAUCUGCAAUUUACGGUACGGAUCUUGGACUUACACAGGAAAUAAACUUGAUCUUCAUAUCGAUGAUCCGGGCACCGAUAAGAACUCUCAAAUGGACUUAACUUAUUAUGUGCAAAAUGGUGAAUGGGACCUUCUUAGUGCACCAGCAUAUCGAAUUGUAAGUGAAUUUAUUGAAGAAACUUAUAUCGAGCUACAUUACAAAUUACAUUUGAGGCGUAAAAAAAUGUAUUACGGAUUGAACUGGAUCAUUCCAAGUGUGCUUAUCUCAUUAAGCAAUGUGUUAGGAUUCAGUUUGCCACCUGAAUCUGGUGAAAAAAUCACCUUACGUAUGAUUAUUGCUAAUUAA